GCGGGAAUUCGUCUGCGCGAGUGUUGUGGAAGUGACUGAUGAGAGCUGAAGGGCCGAAAAGUUAGGAAUCUGAAGUAAACAGUAAAACAUGAUGUCUUCAGUAUGUUCUGAGUAUACAAUUGGUGGGGUGAAGAUUAACUUUCCUUGUAAAGCUUAUCCAUCACAGCUUGCUAUGAUGAAUUCUAUUGUCAGAGGAUUAAAUAGUAAGCAGCAUUGUUUGUUGGAGAGCCCCACAGGGAGUGGGAAAAGCUUAGCCUUACUUUGCUCUGCUUUAGCGUGGCAGCAAUCUCUUAGUGGGAAGCCAGUGAACGAAGGCUUAAGUAAAAAAGCUGAAGUACCAUUGUCGUGUUGUUGUACAUGCCAUUCAAAGAAUUUUACAAACAAUGAUGUGAACCAGGGAACUUCAUAUCAUUUCAACAGUCCAAGUAUACCAACUUCUGAAAGAAAUGGCACUUUGUCAACUUGUCAAGACUCUCCUGAAAAAACUACACUGGCUGCAAAGCUAUCUGCUAAGAAACAGGCAUCCAUGUACAGAGAUGAAAAUGAUGAUUUUCAAGUAGAGAAGAAAAGAAUUCGACCCUUAGAAACUACACAGCAGAUUAGAAAACGUCAUUGUUUUGAAAAGGAGGUGCACCAUUUGGAUGCAAAAGUUGCUUCAGGAAAGACCACAAAACUCAACUCCCCAUUAGGAAAGAUAAAUUCCUUUUCUCCACAAAAUCCCCCUGGUAACUGUUCUAGGUGCUGUUGUUCUACUAAACAAGGAGACAGUCAAGAUUCUUCAAAUACCACUAAGAAGGAUCAUGGGGGGAAGUCCAAGAUACCCAAAAUAUAUUUUGGGACACGCACACACAAGCAGAUUGCUCAGAUUACUAGAGAGCUCCGGAGGACAGCAUACUCAGGGGUCCCAAUGACUAUUCUUUCCAGCAGGGAUCACACUUGUGUCCAUCCUGAAGUAGUAGGUAACUUCAACAGAAAUGAAAAGUGCAUGGAAUUGCUAGAUGGAAAAAAUGGAAAAUUCUGCUAUUUUUAUCAUGGUGUUCAUAAAAUUAGUGAUCAACACAUAUUACAGACUCUCCAAGGGAUGUGCAAGGCCUGGGAUAUAGAAGAAUUCGUCAGCUUGGGGAAAAAACUAAAGGCAUGUCCAUAUUACACAGCACGAGAACUAAUGCAGGAGGCUGACAUAAUAUUUUGUCCCUACAACUAUCUUCUAGAUGCACAAAUAAGGGAAAGUAUGGAUAUCAAUCUGAAAGAACAGGUUGUCAUUUUAGAUGAAGCUCAUAACAUUGAGGACUGUGCUCGGGAAUCAGCAAGUUACAGUAUAACGGAAGUUCAGCUUCGGUUUGCUCGGGAUGAACUAGAUAGUAUGGUUAACAAUAAUAUAAGGAAGAAAGACCAUGAACCCCUACGAGCUGUGUGCUAUAGCCUCAUUAAUUGGUUAGAAGCAAACUCUGAACAUCUUGUGGAAAGGGGUUAUGAAUCAUCCUGUAAAGUGUGGAGUGGAAGUGACAUGCUCUUAAAUUUACACAAAAUGGGCAUAACCACUGCUACUUUUCCUAUUUUGCAGGGACAUUUUUCUGCUAUCCUUCAAAAAGAAGAAAAAGUCUCAUCAGUUCAUGGUAAAGAGGAGGCAAGAGAAGUACCUAUUAUUAGUGCUUCAACUCAAAUAAUGCUCAAAGGACUUUUUAUGGUGCUUGACUAUCUUUUUAGGCAAAAUAGCAGAUUUGCAGAUGAUUAUAAAGUCGCUAUUCAACAGACUUACUCUUGGAUAAAUCAGACUGAUACUUCAGAUAAAAAUGGGUUCUUGGUUCUACCAAAAAAUAAGAAACGUUUACGACAGAAAGCAGCAGUUCAUGUGCUGAAUUUUUGGUGCUUAAAUCCAGCUGUGGCCUUUUCAGAUAUUAAUGGCAAGGUUUGGACGAUUGUUUUGACAUCUGGGACAUUAUCACCAAUGAAAUCCUUUUCAUCAGAACUUGGUGUUACAUUUACUAUCCAACUGGAGGCUAAUCAUGUCAUUAAUAACUCACAGGUUUGGGUUGGCACCAUUGGGUCAGGCCCCAAGGGUCGCAGUCUCUGUGCUACCUUCCAGCACACGGAAACAUUUGAGUUCCAGGAUGAAGUGGGAGCACUUGUGUUAUCUGUGUGCCAGACUGUGAGCCAAGGAAUUUUGUGUUUCCUGCCAUCUUAUAAGUUACUAGAAAAGUUAAAAGAACGUUGGCUCUCCACUGGUGUAUGGCAUAAUCUGGAGUUGGUGAAGACAGUCAUUGUAGAGCCACAGAGAGGAGAAAAAACUGAUUUUGAUGAAUUACUGCAGAUGUACUAUGAUGCGAUCAAGUACAAAGGAGAAAAAGAUGGCGCCCUCCUGGUGGCAGUUUGUCGUGGUAAAGUGAGUGAGGGUCUGGAUUUCUCAGAUGACAACGCCCGUGCUGUCAUAACAAUAGGAAUUCCUUUUCCAAAUGUGAAAGAUCUACAGGUUGAACUAAAGCGACAAUAUAAUGACCAGCAUUCAAAAUUAAGAGGUCUUUUACCAGGUCGUCAGUGGUAUGAAAUUCAAGCAUACAGGGCCUUAAACCAGGCCCUAGGUAGGUGUAUUCGACACAAAAAUGACUGGGGAGCUCUUAUUCUAGUGGAUGAUCGCUUCAGGAGUAACCCAAGUCGAUACAUAUCUGGACUUUCUAAGUGGGUUCGGCAGCUGAUUCAGCACCAUUCAACCUUUGAGAGUGCGCUGGAGUCCUUGGCUGAAUUUUCCAAAAAGCACCGAAAGGUCAUUGAUGUAUACAAAGAAGACAGAAAAUCUAUACAGGACAAUGAGUCUCCGCUUGCAGUGGCUUGUUUGAAGGAUAAUACCUCAACUUAUUUAUUAGAAGCAGCAAGCCAUCUAUCACCAGAAUAUCCUAGGGAAGAUGAUCCAUUAUUAUUGGAAGAGUCUGCCCAGGCAGUAGGAGCAGAAAAAAUUGUGAUUUCCAGAUCCACAAGCCCAACCUUCAACAAACAAACAAACAGAGUUAGCUGGUCUGGCAGUAAUUUUCUGGAACAGUAUCAUACUGGUAAAAUUCUGACUGGAACACCUAAGUUUAGGUCAUCAGAGGACUGUGCCUCUAAUUCUUCCACUUUCAAAACAGAAAAGGGACGUGAAGCAGCUUUGCCACUCACUGAUAAAUAUGAGUCCUCCUCUCUGACAGUAAACACAUCACUUGGACCAUGCCCUCAAUCGGAAACCAUUGUUCCAUCAAUAAAGAUUAAUGCUACUCUCCUGAAUCCAGAAGAUCCAGACAUUCUGUUAUCUCUAGUAAGUGAAGAAGCUGAACUUUCUACUUCAAAUACAGCUUUUGAAACAGAAGCAGAGGAUGAAUCUAUCUAUUUUACACCCGAACUUUAUGAUCCCAUAGAUACAAAUGAAGAAAAGAAUGAACUAGUUGGAACUGAUAGAGACAACAGAUUGGCUAAUAAUUCAAAUUGCAUUUUAGCUGAAGAUCUUUUUGAAAUUAAAACUAUGAAAGGAAUGGAUUCAGUCAGAGAAAUGAAAGCUGAGGAUUGCACAGGCACAAAGUUGAAUAGACUCACGCAUAUUAAAGAAAGUAAAGUUGAUGACAUUGGUAGUAAUGUAAAAACGACUCAUAUAAAUGAAUUGGAACUGGGAAAAAACUCAUGAAACGGAUAUAAAGAACUUUAAACAGUCUCCUCCCAAAAAUAAAGAUGUGUUCCCUGGUGUUAGGUAAUAAUACUUAACUGUCAAGGUAUAAAAACAUGUCGUCAUGCUUAUAUUAAACUCUAUUGUAAAUGAUAAUUUGUACAUUGGAUAAGUGACAUAGCUUUUUUUAAAAAUUUGAGAUAUAUAAUUCACUUUAAUCCAAAGUCUAUAUUAUGUUCAGAAAUAUAAGUUUUACUAUUCUCAAGUUUUGAUAAAUUGAUUCAUAAAAAAUAUUUUCCUCCAAGUCUUCCUUAGCUAAAUGCAAUAUUAAAUUAAUCAAUCUGGAAGAUAUGUAGUUUCCUAAGGCACUUUAAAUUUCACAUAAAUAAAAAAAAAAAAAAAAAUUCACAUAAAUAUUUGUAUUUUGUAGUCCUCUUCAUCCAUUUGUUUUCAUACUGCUGCGUAAAAAUUAAUAGCAAUCUAAUCCAGUCACCCCUCAGUCAUGUUUCACUGUAGAUUUUACCUCAGAUCAGUCUGAGGUUUUUUUUUUUAGAAAUCAGUUUUCUUGAAAAGUAUAUUCCUGUAUUAAACUGCCUACUUAUAAGUAAUUAAGAAUUAAGGAAGAAAACUACAUGUAUUUUUAAUUGAAAUUGUUUUACAUUUUUGUUUGUUAAAUCAAAACCAAGCAUGUUUUAAACAAAUUUAUGUAAAAUUAUAAAAUGCCAAAUGAAGGACUCCAAAUUUUCAAUUCUAAUUAUUUAGCUUCAUCACCAUUGCGGAAAAAAGUGACAUGUUCUAGCAUAAAGGCUUCAGUUAUGCAACUAAGAUAGAAAACUUCAAAUAUAAAUUUAAUAAGUAAAGCUAAACGUGUAACUGUAGCUGAAAAAUGUUCCCUUAUAGCUCAGUAAGCUUUUCUGUAAAUUUUGACUCUUUGUUUUUGUGAAUGAAGCUACACUUCUGAUCAAAAAUGGUUAUAAAAGUAGCUCUUCUCUGACAUCAUUCCAAAAAUACAUUCACCAAUCUUUUCCAAGAAACAUCUGUUACUCAAUAGACAUUUAGCCUUCUUGGAGUGAUUUGAAUUGAAAUUUUAUGAGCUGUUCAAGUUGUUGAUGCGGUUUAUUAUUUUCAAGUCAAAAUUCUCAGCAGUCAGGUAUCUUUUAUAUUCAUUUGGAACAAUGAUUUAUUAUAUAUGCAUAUGUUUACUUUCAUUUUGAUGACAUUUAUAUUGAAUACAGCUUAAUUGUUUCUAUAGCAUUGGAUGUUACAACUCUAAGCAUAGUUCAAAGAAAUUUAAAUUGAUAAUUUACCAGUUAAAGAAUUUAUCUGCAGAUUGGGAUAUAUUCAGUCCCACCUAGUAUUAGAUCUUUUUCUUAGGUGAUCAGUAAAAAGUUUCAAGCACUGGAUUAAUUUUUAAAUUGUUUUGAAAGGGUGAAAUCAUUUGUCAUCUUUGGAAUAGUUCUUAAUCCACACAUCAAGGGUGGUGUGGUAGUAGAAAAAAUACCAGGUGGAAGACAAGAGACUUGGGCUCUAUUCUUGGCUCUGCCACUAAUUUGCUAAGUCAUGCUGGCAAUCACCAUGCCUUUUGGGGAAUUAGUUUCAUCUGUGAAAUGUGUAGUUUAGUACUAUAAAAUCAUGCAAAUCCCUUUCAGCUUUAAAAAUCCAUAAUUUAAAGGAAUAUAUGUUGAUAUUUUAUUCUGAAUAAAUUUUCAUUUGGUUGCAAAAUGCUUAAAAUAAAGCAAACCAUUUGUAUAAAAGGUAACAUGAAUAAUUGUAUGAAUAUGUACAUAAUAACUUGGGAAGCAAGUAUUUAUUUUACCAGUGCUGCAAUUAAAAUAUUUUUGAAUCCUUAAAAUUGCCCUUAGAAGAUUUGGUAAACUACCUGAGAAAAAUCAAACACAUUAUUUUUUAGUCAUAUCUUAGUGUUAUUAUCCAGCUUGAUCUCAAAUACCAUUCCUUUCCCUAGAUAUAAUUUAUUCUUUCCAAAAUCUAAUUCUCUCCAAGGCUAAAAAUUUCCAUUACUGAGAAUGUACACAGAGAUGUGGCACAAGCUUUUAGUAAUUCCAAGAGGUGUUUCAAAAAUUUUGUACAAUGGUAUCAUGGUUGAAUCAGGUAUAUAGUCUCCUCAGAUCACAGCCUUGACCAGGUUGGUAUUGCAAGAAGUAAAGUCUAGCCUUUAUAAAGAGUGUGAGGUAAAACAUUUUCAUUAGUGAUAAAAUACUUUUUAAAGAGAUGUUUUAGAAAGUUUAAGUUAAAACAUGUAAAAGCAUUUAAAAGAGUAUCUGGCACAUGGCAAGCCCUCAAUUAUUACUUGGUAAAUCAGUCAUGUAUCUGGAGUACACUCUUGCUUUAUACAAAGACUUCCCUAAUGAUGAUAGAUAGAUAGACAGACAGACAGACAGACAGACAGAUAGGAGAUAAACUGACAAUAAAGAAGCAUUGUAUAGUAGGAAGGGUAAGUUACUUGUCUCAUUUAUUUUUUAAGGCUGAGAUAUAUAAGAUAGAAAUUGUUCAUCAAGUAAUUUGCCUUACCCAUUCUAUGCAUAUGAAAUAAUCAUCUAAUACUGAAUUUAUUUAAGGGCUGAAAAUACAUAGAAUAUACAGGCCACGAAUCAGGAAAACUACCAGCUGGAGAAGGGGCUUGGUUCAUGGAAGAAAGGUACAUUGUGAAGAGUAGAUGCUUCAUGACUUGACUUUUAAAGUUUACAUGAAUCAUUUAAAACCUUUAAUAAUUGUGUUGGAAAUUAAUGAUAACUCUUUGUGCUACUACUAUGCAUUUAAUUAUUAAGUGGUUUUUAAUUUUGUAUUGUUUCUAAGUUCACAUGCUUUUCCAUAUUAUUUUUCUGCAAUAUGACCUUCUCAUGCUAUGUUCCUGUAGUAAAACACAUUCAAAAUACUUAAUUCUUUGAAAUUGCUUAUAAAACUCCAUGAAGUCAAAACACCUAUUGUAAAAUCACUUGAAAGACUGGUUAUUUAGUUAUUUAAUCUCUGAUGGCAUUAUUUUGGUAUUUGCUUACUACACAAUUAUUCUUGCUCAUGAUCUUUUUAGCCUCAGAUUUAUCAGUAAGAUGCACAAGAUUUUACUUUAACUGUUACGAAUUUGUGGUAGAGCCUUGUCUAUUUUUAUAGACAAAUGCAGUCAAUUUUUUGUAAAUAAAAAGGCAGUAUUAAAACUGAACUUAUUUUUUCUGAACUUUUUCAUAAUAAAAAAUAAAUGUAAUACCACAUCAAACAGUGAAUGUCUAAGGAAGACAAAACUUUAAUAUAAAGUAUCUGUGCAGCGAUUAAGCAUAAAGACAUCACUUCAGGAAAUGGAAAUUUAAAUAGAUGACCUAGGCUUAUGAUUCUCUAGCCUGAAACAAUUUUCAUGUCUACCAAAAAAAAAAGCAUUUUGUUUCUUAAGGUUUCAUUUGAUAGACCAUUAGCUGCCUGGCUUCCUGUACUCUACAAUGGGGCCUUGUUGUAAUAUCCAUGUGAUCUGAGCCAGUGGAUCACCUUAUUGGUGAAACCAUCUUAUAAUGAAGUGCUUUCAGUAACUGAACUCCUGGACAAGAUCCAAAACAACCCAUCUUAUACCAAAUUCUACUCUAUAAUAAACAAGUUUCAAUGUAUUACAAGGAAAACAAAAAUUGUAUUCCCAGAAAUUAACCUUUGAAAAUCUAAUGGUAAAUUCUGAUUAAAAGGAAUAUUUGUUCACAAGGCACAGUGAGGUACAUAUUUUAGUAUGCUUUAUAGUUUGUGUUUUUUAAUUUUGGUCUUUUGUGAUUUUGAUUCUCUUGUGCUUUUACCCAAAAUUUCACCAUUUCACAUUAUUUUACAUUUGUAUUUACAAAGCUUAAUUUAAAAGGUUUCCUUUGUCUCCUUUCUGUUACAAAGUACUGAUUGUACAGGUGGCAUGUCAUGUAUGUAAACUAAGUUAGAUGCCAUCGUCUUUUAUGUAUGAUUCAUAUAUAGUGAAAAGAUUUAGAGAUAUUAAAUACUGACUGUUGUUAUUUUGGAUCAAGAAUUGUCUUGGUAUAUUUUCCCUUUUUUUCAAACUAGUGUUAUGGUAUUCCUAUUUAAAUGUUAACCAUCCUUUCAAACAUCGAUCUCUUUUAUUGUAUCUGUUGUAAAAGGACCCAAGUAAUCCACCUUGCCAGUCAGGAUUUUAUUGCUUGUGGUUACCUAAAGCAGAAGGCAGUAGGAAAUAUAAAAAAUUACUCUGUGCCAUCCUUAGUAUGGACCAACCUAAAUUACAGUAAGGUAGAUUGAUGUAUUAAUAUUUCCAUAUUUCAGUCUUUAAAGUUGAUUGGCAAUAUACAUGGGCUUUGUUACCAUUAGACAUGGAAACAUGUUCUGAUACCACCUGCUGACUUACUUUGGGCACGUUACUUAUCUUCUCUGAACUUCUGUUUUUUCACCUUAAAAUGUUAAUAAAUAAUAAUUUCAUAAGAAAUCAAUCAAACAUUAUGAGUAUCAGAUGCAAUAGAGUGCAUAAAAGCUUUUUUUUUUUUACAUCAGACAAGGAGACAGAUAACAGAAUUAGGGGUCAAAAGUGUGAGUUUGAGUUUUGGUCCUGCUAUUUACUGAGUGGCCUUGGUCAUAUUAUUUUAACUCAUUGAGCCUCAGCUUUAUUUUCUGGGGGUGAAAAAAGUGAGCAGUAUCUACCUAAGAAAAGUAUUGUGAUGAUUAAAUGAGAUGAUAUGCAAUAUGUGAAAGUACUUUAUAAAUGUUGAACCACUGUCCAAAUGGUAGUUGUUAGGAAACUGCAACAGUAAUCUAGUACAAUUGUUUUCUCAGUAUCCUGAAAUUGCACCUUCAAAAGGACUAAUAAACCUGUUAGAAUUUGGUCCAAGCACUGAAAGGCACUUGGAGCUUUAUUUAAAAUUCUGUGUAGUUAAAUAUUGUGAAAAUGUAUUUUCCAUUUUUUACAUUUCAUUUUUAUAUCUUAAAAUGUGUACACAUUACAAACAAAAAUGUCAUCAGCAGAACACUGAAAUCUGUAAUUUGCCCUGAGAACAUUCUAUGUACGAUUCAUAGGGCAGGGAUUU